AUGGUGCUGGUGGGGCAGUUCGCUGCUCGGCAACUGUGUAUGGGACUGGGCUAUGUCUACCCGCUGUAUGCGUCGGUCGAGGCGCUGCGCACGCGCCAGGAGCGGGAACUGUUGCAAUGGAUUGCAUUCUGGGCGGUGAACGCCUUGUUCUGGGUCGUGGAGACCGUGGGCGGCACGGUCAUCUCCUGGGUGCCAUUCUACCUCGAGGCCAAGAUCGUGGCGCUGGCGUGGCUCGUGUUGCCAUCUUAUCGCGGCGCACUUUUGUUGCAUCAGAAAUGGCUGGCCCCGGCCUUCCAGCAGCACGAGGAGGUCAUCGACCACACCAUCGCCGACCUCAAGCGUCGAGCUGGCGAGAAGAUGGUGCAGGUCUGCAAGGACACGGCGGUGAUCGCCCUGCGCAACAGCUCGGACGUCGUGGCUCAGAGUCAGCAGUACGUGGCGGCUCAACUGGUGCAACAAGCUCUGGGCAAACUUCAACCUGCCGCGCCCGCUGAGGCACCAGCUGAGAGUCUGCGGCUGCCGUCGUUGCUGUCAGCUGUGGCGACGGCUGCAACGGGCGCAGUCACAAGCAAACCUGCUGACCCCAAGCAAGAGUCACGUGACGAGCGAGCCGAAGAGAAGGAGAAGGACGCAACACGCUCGAAAAAGGAGUCAAAAGGUGAAACUGAUGCUCAGGAGAAACAAUCGUCGGCCUCGACUCGCACGGAGAAGGCCAAACAGGUCCUCGACCACUUCAAGAAGCUCAUGGUAAAGGGGUUCCAGCUCAAGUAUCACCCGUCAGCUGGGCUCGUGAAAGACCGCGCGUUGAUGCUCGAGUCGCCCAAUUGUCGCUACGUGAGCUUCAUGAGCGCGAGGGAUACUGGCUCCGUCGACAGCAAGAAGAAGGCGGCGCGUUUGCUGCUCCACAAUUUGCGUCGGGUGUCUGCCUCGGUGGUUGAAGAGUCUGCGAUGCACGCCAAGAUGGUCGAGGACGAAGAAGUUGAUGCAAAGAAGGCAUUUGUACUGGACAACGGGAAAGCUGUCAUGCUGUUUGAGGCCGAGUCGUUGAAGAAUCGCGACUUGCUGGUUGCUGGACUUCGACUACUGAUAAAUGAACACAAGAAGCGGGACUCGGUUGCGAUCAACAAAUUGUGCUCCGCUGUUGAGCACGUUAUGAUGCAUCAGGCGUUUACGCAGCUCCGCUCAAACGCUGAACGACGAUCGCGCAAGUAA